CCCCCUUUUUCGUUUUUUUUUACUCUCCAGAGUCUACCGACUCUACCCUGAUCUCCCUCCCUCUCCAACCUCCAACUUCUCCACACCCCCAACUAUUUUACCUCCCUCCCUCGCCUCCACACUCACCUCGGCCGCCACCGACGCCAUCGCACUCACCUCGUCUGCCGACUCCGCCGCCGCACUCACCUCAGUCGUUGCCUCUGCAGUCGCACUCACCCCGGCCGCCGCCUCCGCCGCCGCACUCACCUCGGCCGCCGCCUCCGCAGCCGCACUCACCUCGGCUGCCGCCUCCGCCCCCGCCCUCACGUCGGCCACCGCCUCCGCCGACGCACUCAUCUCGGCCACGGCUGCCGCCGCCGUCGAGCUCUCGCCUCGCUCCUCUCUCACCAACGCCGUACCCUCGCUACCGCUCCCCAACCGCCCCUCUCCCUGCGAUGGCCGGAGAGGCGCCGCACCACUUUCCUCCUCCAACGGACAGGCCUUACUGGGUCAAGAGAUUCGGAGAUCUGUUUGUCCCCUUGUCCAGACAGAAGUCAUAUUGGAAUUUUGCUCGGAAAUGGUGAGAGGUGAUGCUUCAUAUAGAAGGGCAUAAUUAUAGCGCUAUCUUUUGCAGGCUUGGCGCAUUGUAAAACAGCACCGGUGCACUCAAAUUUGGCUAGUUUGCCGUUCAAAGGUUUUGAGAAUGCAUUACCUAGAUCUUGUACGGAGAAGAAGGAAUCUCCGAAGUGCGACUUAAAACUGGAUAGAUUAUCGGAAAGUGAGAAGUCAAACUACGACAACCCUAUCAGUGAAUAGCCGAGAUGUUGCAAGUCAAAGAAUCAAGAACAUCACUGCAGCAUCAAGAACGUCACUGACGAAAAAAGAUCAUUGAGAAAUUGGUGAAGAUACAGAAUGAUGGAACGGUGGAGGUGGAUGUUACUUGUAAUGCUCAUGUUGCAUCAGAACUAUUAGAGCUUGAUGCUGUCGAUUAUGCUCCGCUAGAUGCUGAAGAAAUUAAACAAACUCCCUUUGGAUACAGCAAAUCAGUUCCAAGACUGAAGAUUGCAAUGCUUGUAGUUGGAACACGAGGAGAUGUUCAGCCUUUUAUAGCACUUGCCAAGAGACUGCAGGAGUUUGGUCAUCAUGUUAGAUUGGCAACUCAUGUCAACUUCCAUGCUUUCGUCAAGUCAGCUGGUAUUGGCUUUUACCCUUUGGGUGGUGAUCCUCGCAUCAUGGCUGCGUAUAUGGCAAGAAACAAAGGUUUUCUGCUAUCUGGACCAGCAGAAAUUUCUUUACAGCGGAAGCAACUGAAGGAAGUUAUUUAUUCCCUUCUUCCAGCAUGUACAGAACCUGAUUUGGAUUCCGGGGCACCUUUUAGGGCUCAGGCAAUUAUUGCGAAUCCUCCCGCUUAUGGACAUGCACAUGUCGCUGAAGCUCUUGGUGUACCUCUUCACAUCUUCUUUACAAUGCCAUGGACGCCAACUAAUGAGUUCCCACAUCCAUUAGCGCGGGUGCCUCAAAGUGCAGCGUACAGGCUAUCGUAUCUUAUUGUGGACCUGAUAGUCUGGUGGGGCAUUAGGGGAUUCAUAAAUGAGUUCAGAAGAAAGAAGUUAAAAUUGCCUCCUAUUGCAUAUUUUAGUACUUACCAUGGAUCCAUAUCACAUCUACCAACGGGCUACAUGUGGAGCCCACAACUUGUGCAGAAGCCGAGUGACUGGGGUUCUUUAGUGGAUGUAGUUGGAUAUUGUUUUUUGAACCUUGGAACAAAGUAUCAACCACCAAAGGAGCUUGCAGAAUGGAUCCAGCAAGGACCGAAGCCAAUAUAUAUUGGGUUUGGCAGCAUGCCUCUCGAAGAUGAAAGGAAGAUAAUGAUUAUCAUCAUAGGUGCCCUAAAAGAAACAGGACAGAGGGGUAUCAUUGGUCGUGGAUGGGGAGAUCUUGGAAGCUUUUCUGAGGUUCCUGUUGAUGUUUAUCUACUGGAGGAUUGCCCUCAUGACUGGUUGUUUCCUCAUUGCGCUGCAGUGGUUCACCAUGGUGGAGCUGGCACUACAGCUGCAGGGUUGAGAUCUGGGUGUCCUACCACCAUAGUUCCCUUUUUUGGGGAUCAGUAUUUCUGGGGUGAAAGGAUUCAUGCACAAGGAGUGGGACCCAUACCCAUCCCUAUAUCAGAACUGAGUGUUGAACGCCUUGCCAAUGCUAUAAAAUAUAUGCUUGACCCAGAGGUCAAGUCACGUGCAAUGGAAUUAGCAAGAGAAGUACAGAACGAGGAUGGUGUUGCGGCCGCUGUGGAUGCGUUCCACCGUCACUUGCCUCCAGAGUUGCCGCUCCCUCCGACCAUGCUUGAUGAACCUGACAAUCCUAACCCAUUCCAUUGGCUGCUUUCACUUUUUGAGAAAUGUUGUCCUCCAUUCGCCUCAUAGCCGACAUUCUCCAAACGAUAGAAUGUAAAUAGAAUUAUCUUCACUUUUCUCUUAGCCUUCGACAGCCAUCAUUUUCGUUGUAUUUCUUAUUCAUUCUCCUAUGAUAAGGUUAAUAUAAUAAAGGGGUCAUUGUUUGUUUUGAUGCUAUA